AUGGCCACUCUCACAGAUCCAAGCAACUCAACUCGCUCAACACCAAACAUCUCAUCCGCCUCCGCCACCCUCCAACUCGGCAGCUCAACCACUAUCUCCGCCCCUUCCUCCAAGGUCUGGUCCGCCCUUACAAACACCUCCACAUGGCCCAACUGGAACUCCUUCGUGCCGCGCGUGACCAUUCGCUCGCAUCCGGGUUCUGAAUCUUCCGAUCUACCUCUUUCUCCAAUCCUGCAAAAUGGAACACGAAUGAUCUUCCACGUUCGUAUGGAUCCUUCUUCAAGCAAGCCUCAAGCUGCGACGGAUGUCAAUCUUAUUGUUACGGAGUUUGUGGAGCCAAAUGUCGAAAACUAUACUCCCGGAAGAAUCGUUUGGGCUUCUGAUUUCGAUGCACCGGGGACUAUGGCGCGUUCGCUUUUGAAUGCGGAGAGGGUUCAUGAGAUUAGGGACGUCGAGGGUGGGACGGAGGUGAGGAAUUGGGAGUGUCAGGUUGGGUGGGUGGUUUAUGCGGUGAAGUGGAUGUACGGGGGAAAGCUGAAGCAUAAUUUCGAGUUGUGGGUAAAUGAUUUGAAGAAGUUUGUUGAAGCAAGUUCCUGA